GGACGAGCCAGCAGUUAGCUGCCAGACCGGAGUGGGUCUGGCGGAGCAAGCCAGCCUCUCAUUUCCCUAGGGUUCCUAAAUUCUCUGCUACCGCCUCAGAGAGCUUAAUCAAGCUUGUCAAACUGCCCUAGAUUAAGAACAGAAGUAAAUGCUGCACUGAGCCAUUCAGUUCUGUGUGGUUUGUCAUGCCAUGCAAGCUGAUAAGCCCGGGAUAGAGAAAGGGAAUGACUAAGGGUAGGGCUGUCUCGGAGGCAGUCGGGCACAUGAGAGGGAACCACAGGAGACUGCAAGGCUUCUGUCCCGUUAUGGUGGGAUCCAAGAACCAGCCAUAUUUAUCUCCUGUGCCCCCUUCCUCCUCACACCCUCUAUCCUAAAUUCCACCAGUACCUUUCAGGAAAACGCAUGAACUACUAGUAAAGUAGAUCCAGGAGCCAAGUGCGCAGGGUGGUAUUUACCGGGGUCAAUCAGGCCAGAAUCAAGCUCCCUGAGUCUGAGUCAGUUCACCCUAGAACUGCAGAAAAGGGACUGCCUGGGUUUGGAUGCUGAGCUGCAGGCAACGACUGCCCCCUAAGGGAGGUCACAGGUAAGUGACUGCAAUUACCUUGAUUGAUACUGAAUGAGUAAAUUUAUUUUUAUUAUUAUUUAUUUAUUUAUAGAUGUACGUUUGAGACAGGGUCUUAUGUAGUCCAUGCUGACCUCGAAUUCAAACCUUAUUGUAGCCAAGGAGGACCUUGAACUUCUGACCCUCCUGUCUCCACCACCUAGAGUAGCAGGUGUGUAUGCCAGCACACCCAGUUUACAGGGUGCUUAAGAUCAAAUCUAGAGUUCCUGUCAGCACUCUGACAAUCAAAGGCACAAAAAAAAAAAAUGGAUCUCUUCUUCCCAAUUUCCCACAAACAUCCAGUCAGUUGCCGCUUUUGCUCUUUCUGGGGGUUCAGCUCCACUCUCAGGUUCAUGCUCCAGGCUAGUGGUCCAGGCUGACCGCCGCGGCAGCGGGUGCCAUCAGGACCCGGCAGGCACAAUUUGAGCAGAGACUCCCUUGGGCUCCAUCGCCUGGGACCCGCGCAGCUGGGUGAGCUGAGCGCGUCAGGCAGCCAGGUGGUGCGCACGCCCGCGGGUGACGGUCCCCUGCGCGUGCGACUCCCACCCCUCCAGGAAGGGGCGGGGAGUAGGAGGCGCUAAAGGCGGCCACCACACUCCCCGAGCUCUUUAAAAACCGAGAGCCGGGGACAACUCUGCUGGCCGCGCCGCAUCCUGGCGCCCUGAGUUGCCGCGUGUCCAGUCGGCUAUCCUGCAGCGCGGUCCCGGGACGCGCCCAUGCGUCCACCAACCAUGUCUGGGCACUUUCUGCUGGCUCCCAUUCCCGAAUCCUCCUCCGACUACCUCCUGCCCAAGGACAUCAAACUGGCGGUGCUGGGCGCGGGUCGUGUAGGCAAAAGCGCAAUGAUUGUGCGCUUCUUAACAAAGAGAUUCAUCGGCGACUACGAACCCAACACAGGCAAACUGUAUUCAAGACUCGUCUAUGUGGAGGGGGACCAGCUAUCUCUGCAGAUCCAGGACACUCCGGGGGGUAUCCAGGCCCAAGACAACCUCAGUCAAACGGUGGAUUCCCUGUCUAAGUGCGUGCAGUGGGCCGAGGGCUUUCUGCUGGUCUAUUCCAUCACAGACUAUGAGAGCUACCAGUCCAUUCGGCCCCUUUACCAGAAUAUCCGGAAGGUCCACCCUGAUGGGAAAGCCCCUGUCAUCAUCGUGGGCAACAAAGCAGACCUUUUGCAUGGCCGGCAGGUGCAGACACAGGACGGUCUUCAGCUAGCCAAUGAGCUAGGCAGUCUCUUCCUUGAAAUUUCCACUAGUGAAAACUACGAAGACGUCUGUGACGUGUUUCAACAUCUCUGCAAAGAAGUGAGCAAGCUGCACAGUCUCAGUGGGGAGCGGAGGAGGGCCUCCAUCAUCCCCCGGCCUCGCUCCCCCAACAUGCAGGACCUGAAGAGGCGCUUCAGGCAGGCCCUGUCCUCCAAAGUAAAAGCCCCCUCUGCUCUGGGUUGAGCCAUCUCAGAUAGACUGGUGACUUUUAUUAUUAUUAUUAUUAUUAUUAAGCAUUUGUGCAGCCACAAAGACUGGGCCUUUCCCCUUUAAAACAUAUUGAGAGUUUAUUUUUAUAAUGAUUUUAUUGGUUUUCAAGUGUAUGUGUAUUUCUGAAAAUUCAAACAAUGAUUGACUAGAAGUUGGAUUUU